CGUGGCGUGUUUCUGUCGUUUGUGUUUUGAGGAACUGGGAUUGGUGAUAUCUGCAGCUCAGACGAGUAGAUGUGUCGGGAAUAGAAAUGCACACGCAAAUCACACGCAAACUCAUGAAGCUGCUUUAUAUGAACUGUGUAUAAUGUCACUGUAGCCUGUAGAUGCGUGCGCGCGCGCGCGCGGCUCUGCUACAUUCCUGCACUGGUGAUUAUGCGUGAUUAUGAUUUGCUGCGGUUAUUUGUUUGCAUCGCAUGGUAAUGAAUCUGUGAUGAAGUCUAAAGCCUCUGUUAUAGCUCCAGUGUGUCAGUAAUGUUUGGUAUGUGGGUUCAGUCACCUGUUCAGGUGUAAACACCAGGAGGAGGAGGUGAGGGGCUUACCUGUUAGGAUGGGUUUAACUCUAUUGGUGUAUGAUAUGGGUUUACCAUAUAUGGAUCAUAUCCAGAGUCCAGGACAGUUUGGAGAUUACUAACAAGGAACUAGGAUUAGGAGAUGUGGAGAUUGGAUAAGGAUAUUUGGACGUCACAGUGUGGGUUUCUGAGCGUGAGACGGAUCUUCAGGAGAUUAAACACCUCCGUACGAGUCACGUCUCACCUGAGCUGGGAUGGCGUUACUGACCCUGCACAGAUCACCGUCUGUCUCCACAGCGCCGGAUGAAACCAUUGCAAGAAGAGGAAGACUUCAGAAGAGGGAGAGCUUUGCCUUCGUCAGAGGUGCGGUGCUUUUAUUAGACGACGGCGUGAGGGAGGGGCCACACGAAGAAGCCACACCCUCUCAGUUUCCAAAUGCUCCGCUUGUGGGCGGAGCUUCUGAUACAAAGCACAAGCAUUUACGCGCUAUGAUUUCACUACUGAGACCUGAAGACACCGUCAAGCUGGCCGUUCGUUUGGAGUCGGUGAGUCCUAUCAGAGUGAGAUACUUACUCAUCAUUACAACCGCCAGCCGCAAACAGGAGAGUCUUCUGCUCGGCAUGGACUUCCCAAAUGCAAACAGCGGUGAUUGCACUAUUGGCCUGGUUUUGCCCAUAUGGAGUGACACGCAGGUGUAUCUGGACGGAGAUGGUGGCUUCAGUGUGACGUCUGCAGAGUGCACGAGGAUAUUUAAGCCCGUGUCUAUUCAGACGAUGUGGUCCGUGCUCCAGGCUCUACACGGCUGUUGCGAGCGGGCGGUGCAGGGUGCCGUGAUCCCAGGCUGUGGAUUGGACUGGGCUCAGCACUACAAACAGCACGUGGAGUCGGACCAGCAGUGUGUGAACGAGUGGAGGGCCAUGACGGGCCUCGAGUCGGUGCGCAAGAACAACAAAGGCCACAGCACGGAGAGAGAGGGAGUAGAGAGAGAGAUUAAAGUCCAGCUCAGAGACAUCAUGAGGACCGUGGACCUGGAGAACAUCACCUCCAAACAGGUUCGAUCUUCUCUGGAGGCCAGGAUUGGUUUGGACAUGAAGAACUAUAAGGAGUACAUAGACAAUGAGAUGAUGGUCACCAUGGCUCAGAUGGACAAACCAUCCAAAAUCUUAGAUUAUCUUUACCUGGGUUCUGAGUGGAACGCGGCCAACUUUGAGGAACUUCAGAAAAACAAUGUGGGUUACAUCCUGAAUGUCACCAUGGAGAUCGAUAACUUUUUCCCAGAAUCCUUCACCUACAUGAAUAUCCGAGUGUACGACGUGGAGGCGACGGAUCUUCUCUCGCACUGGAACAACACGUACAUGUUCAUUAACGAAGCCAGGAAGAGUGGGCAGUCCGUAUUGGUGCACUGUAAGAUGGGCGUGUCUCGCUCCGCUUCCACGGUCAUCGCCUUUCUGAUGAAGCAGCAAGGCUGGACGUUAGAGGAGGCUCUUAACCACGUGAGAGAGCGCAGACCCAUCGUUCAGCCCAACGACGGCUUCUUCAGACAGCUACACACCUACAGCGGCAUCCUCAAUGCCAGUAAACAGCGACACAGCGCCCUCUGGAAGCGGAAGUCCAGAUCAGACACGCUGAAUAAACCGGCUCAGAAGCAGGAACAGAAGCCAGGGACGGACGGAGAGCUGGGAGACGAUGAGCAUGAAGAAGGAGAGGACGACGAGCAGAGUCCAGAGGAGGAAGAGAGCUCCGAUGAGGAUGAGGAGAGAGAUGUGUUUAGUGACUCCAUGUCUGAUGCAGCAGCAGCAUCAACAAACCCUGUUAUUACUGUCCAGGACAGUGACAAGGUAACCCCGAGUCCCAGCAGAAGUGGAAGAAUGGAUCUGUUUUCUCUCAUGCAGUCCAUCCAGCUGGACGACGAGGAGCGACUGAGCGAUCUAGAAAACGCGGCGGCUCAGAGGAAAUCUCCGGCCCAGAGGAGACGCAGCAGUCACAAACGACGGGCUCUGACUCACCAGAAAGCUCACGUGGACGCUUCUCCCGACCCAAGCAGCCGAUCACAGAGCAGUAAACAGGAAAAUCCAGGGCUGGACACCUCAAGUAACAACGAGCAGAGGACAAAAGACUAAAAUGGAGAAGAGGAAGAACACUCCUCGAGAGCAGAGUGGUCCUGAUGGAGAUCAUUUUAAUGAGUCGUUUGAUAGUAAUGGUGAGGGGGGUUUGUUUGUUUUGUUUGGGGGUUUUUUUUUCCCCCCGUUUGGGCGUUGGUUGGGCUCUCACACACGUGCACACACACACUUCUAGUACACUUCUUCACUCAUUUCAAUUAACUUCAGUGCAGCCUCAUAAGUCGAAUAAGACAGGAACACACACACACACACACACACACACACACACUGACACUGCAGUAUUUUGAGUGUUUCUUGAUUUAAUGUGAGAUAUGAUGCAGUGUCAACUUUCCCACAUCACUCUGUGCCUUUGUUUUUUGUCCUUCACGCACACUCAGCCUGAGCCGUAUGUUCACAAACACCUCCCUGAUUUAACACAGUAUUAGAGAACAGGAAAAGGGGCAUACAUGUGAGCAUUUCCCAGAGAUGACAAACAUCCCUGCAUUAUUAUUAUUAUUAUUAGUAGUAGUAGUAGUAGUAGUAGUAUUUUGAGUAUCUGUUGCACCAGGUGAAAAUAGCAUUAACUACAAUACAGUGUAUCUGUUUGCACUACAAAAAAAAAAGACUUUAAAAAUGUAUGAACUCCUAUUUAGCUCUUAUUUAAGCUAGCCAGCUAUCUAAACACAAAACUCUGCUCCUACUACCUAAUGCAGCUCUACCCAUGCAAACGUGCUAACAAGCUAGCUAAUGUUAGUCUUUGUGUUGUAUCAUUUAAUUAAGUAUUUACGACCGAGCUAUGCAACAUUUGACUAGGUAUGAAAUUGUAUAAAAUAAGAGCAGCCAAAGCGUCUAGCAAACCAGAUAAUAUAAGCCUAACUGUUCUGUAAAUAAAGCAAUUAGCCCGACUUGCUAGUGAGUGAGCUACUGUUAAGACUACUGUACUGUAUUGUGUGAACCGGUAGCAACAAUGCAAGGAAUUUAGGCUAACUAGCUAAGCUUAGGCUAAAAAUAAAGUAUAUUUAGUAAACAUGAAGCUAAGCUGGCUAACAUUAGCCUAACAAUUGUUACGCCAGUAAAUACUGUGUACAACAGUAGCCAAAUUCGCUAGCUAACAUUAGGCUAACAAUAACUAAGCCAAGUUCACUAGCAAGCUAGCUAACAUUAAGCUAACUCGGAUUGUGUAAACUGAUAGCCCGAUGCUUGCUAGCGAAUUUGGCUAACAGUUAGACAAGACUGCUAACAAGCAGGAUAGCAUUAGGAUAGUGAUUAUAUUGUGUAAACCAAUAGCUAAAUUCGCUAGCAAGCUAGAGAAGCUUAAGCUAAUUCUGAUAUUGUGUGAAUAGCUAAGGUUGCUAGCAUGUGCUAUUGUGUGAUAAAGAGAGAAAAUUAGUAGUGACUGAGUGCAAAUAGUAAACUUUUCUAUUUUCACCUGGAUGCAAAAUGUGAUUAUUAUUAUUAUUAUUAUUAUUAUUAUUAUUAUUAUUAUUAGGUAGACUUUUAAUGACCAAGUUCCAUUAGAGAUAUUUUAUUCCCUCUAUUCUAUGCAAUAUUUGUAAUUAAUUUUUUUUCUUAGGUUCUCUCUCUCUCUCUCUCUCUCUCUCUCUCUCUCUCAGCUUGAAGCAGCCACUUUUUUGGAUUCUGUGAUCUCGGACUGCCAGUCAAAAGUUUUUUUCCGCACCCUGUAUUAACCCGUUUAAACGUCCCGGCUCAUUAUAAACACUCUAAAACGUUAAGUCUUAUUGUUUACUAAAGUUUAAACGGAGAAUUAUUUUCAGUGGUCCGUACUGCUUUCACAUGUGCAGUGUUUAGUGUGUUCGAGCAGAACCCUGGUGUGUUCUCCGCCUCGGUGUCGGUGCGGUUCUUUAGUCGGGUGUGAACGCUGGGGUCCGAGAGAGUCCGAGCGAGGCGUGAGAGAGGGAUUCGACUCUAAAUCGACUCACAUGCAGAAUGUCGUGUGUUCUCGGACGCAGCGUUUUGUUUCUAUUGUUGUUCAUUUCUGCGAGCCGCUAAACUGAGCCAAUGCACAGAGCUGUAGCGCUGCAGAAAUGCCACGUGUUCCGGACAUUCGGAUGAACAAAAAUAGAAAAUAAACACUGGACGUGAUGCAGGAAAUGUUUUAAACCAGUUAUUUAUUUAAGAAUGGGAUUCUGCGUGCUCGGUGGAAUUAUUUAUUUAUUUCUUUUGCGAUUUCUGCACGCACUUGGUAAACGCUUCGUUCUCUUUUUGGCCUCUCGUUUAAUUCUAUACAGUUUGAAACCAAACCGAAAAUCAAUCGAACGUCAAGAUCUGAGAAAAGCCUUUUAAUCAACACUAGUUUAAUAUUUUUUUAACGUAUUAGUUUAACACUUUUUUUUUUUAUAGUGAUCAGAACCUCCAGGAGUCUAAAAACAUCUGACUGGCAGUGUAACAGGUGUUCAAAAUGUAUCACGUUACACAACAUAGAUAUAAGAAAACUAUUCUCAAACAGGACGUGAAUAAAAAAACCAUUCAUAUCCCAUGCUUUGCACUCGAGUUCGUGUACAGAAAUGUACAGAGACUCAGCAGCGAGUUCCUGCCAUUUUUAUAAACGAACUGAUGACGUUUAAAGCGCUUCAUUUCAAUGACACCAGUUUAAUGAACUUCAUAUUAAUGACGUGAAAAAUCAAAUCCAUAAAUGAAGACCAAGAAGACUAGUUAUUCAGUGAGGGCAAAAGUAAUGGCACCCUGUAAAAGGAGGAGGCGCUAGCGUGCGUCAGCGGUAGCCGAUGCACUGCGGUGGCCGAGCUGCAUUAUUGGAAGAUUUAACGCAGACAAUGCUUAGGAGGUGCUCUUUUACUGUUUAGUUGUCGUUUUGGGCUCUGAGCCGUUUUGGAGUUAUGUGGGCGUGGCUAAAUGUAACCAUGCCAUGAAUGCGUUUGGUAAUUUGCAGCUGACUGGCGUUUAUCAACGUCCGCACGUGAGUACGAAGCAAAUCAGCCAAACUUGUAAAUCUGGUGGGAAAUUUUUUUUUUUUAUAAACAUUAACACAAACUUUAACAAAAAAACAAACAAUAACCGAUUGUACGAGUUAAUAUAUUUUUGGCCGAACUCAAGUGAACAUGUCCAUCGUCCACCAGCGAGGUGUCUGUGUUUUCAUGUGUGUUUCACUACUGCUGCACAGAACCGGAGUAUUAUCAUUACAGUUCUGUACCUGGGGGGACCCUUCAGAACUGUAUUUUAAGAGCUGUAAUUUUGUCAGUAUGGGGAGUUGAUACCUGCAGAAUAAAUGAACAUGUGCCAUAACUGAAAUGUGACGUCUCUGCUGUAGCAGGUUGAGUUUCUGUCCCACGAUCCUCCCGUCUCAGUGCCUUCGGUUUGGACCAAAAUGUCAUGUUUCAGAAACUUUCAGAUGUUUUUAUGUAAUAUGAUUAUAUAUAUAUAUAAAGUGUGUAUGAUUUGUGUGUUGAGUAUGCGAGUUGUGUACCUGCUGUUGCAUACAGCAUGCUUUAUGAUGAAUUAGAUCACCUGGGUAUUUAUUAUGUGUGAGUGUGUCACUGUAUUUUUAUUUCCGUGCAGUAUUUUUAUUUUUUUUUACUGUGCUGUGUGUUAAACAUGCAGACGGUUGCCAGAUUGAGGCCCAGGUCAUCGUAAUGAGGGCAAACAGCUGGAUAAAAUCCAUAGUGUGCUGGGACAGUGACGAAAGAAAAGAUGGAAAUGCGAAGAAUAAACGUGCCAUGUUUGUUUCGGUUAAUCCUGCUGUUGUUUUUUAUUGAUAUCAUAUCAGAGAUCAGGUAAUAAAUGUUGUUUUUUUUUCUCUCUCUCUGAUCUGGAAAUAUCUGAUAUCUUUUACACAGGCAUUACAGACAGGGUUGCCAGAUAAUCUGCGUAUUUAUAGUUCCACUGGUGAGGGGUAAAUCGUCUAACUUGUUUAAUUCUGAAGCUUUUAAUCUGUAAUCUGGCAAUAUGUAUUAUCUUUUUUUUUCUUUUUUCUUCUUCGUUUUAUCACUGCUGUAUCUACAGUAUGUACGCAUCCUUGCUGGACGUAAAAUAAAAUAUAAAUUUAUUAAA